GGCAAUUUAGUGCAAACGCCAUUUUUUUUUUUUUUAGAGCAGCACUGAACGUAUUUACAUACAAACGUAUCGCUAUCUGUAACUUCUUGGGUAAUCCUUGGCAAGACAUAACCUGAUUGUGCUCAACAUGGUGCAGAAACUGCAGUGGCUCUAGGAUGGAGCCCUGAGGGACGCCAGUGCUGUACAGUAAUCCCUCAUUUAUUGCAGUUAAUUGCUUAAGUUAAUUUUAAAAAAAUAUAUUUUCUUAGAGCAUCGAAAACCUGCUUAUGACCUUCUAAAUGUGUUUUUUAACAUUGUUAGCGCCGACUAGACAUGAAAUAACACCCCAUAGUACCCAAUAUAAUAGACAUAAAAAGAGAAAAGAAGACACAAAUAAGACAUGUAUAAAACUUGUGCUUGUGUGUGUUGCUUUAAAUGUCUUCUGGAAGCGACGUUGAGGGUUCAGAGUUGAGUUUUAGCUUGUAGCCUGUUGUGAGACCGUUCAAACCUGCAACAAAAGCCUGUUCCGGCUAUCAAAUCUGCUGCUUGUGUGCCAUUACAGCAACAUUACUGACACCUACUGACCAUUGCAGAAUACUACUUAUCAUUACAACAUAUUUGAAUACUUCUUCUGAAUGCUUUAUAUUUGUAUUUUACUUAAUUUAACCAUUUUUAUACUUGAAAAUGCUUAAUUUAGGCAACAAAUAUGUAAAAUGUGCUUGUUUUUUUACUGUUAAUAGGUCAUAUUUAACCACAAAACGGCAUGAUUUUUUAACUCUUUUUUUUUUUUUUUUUUUUAAUUGUGAUAGAGUGAAGCUGCGAAGUGGCCGCUGUACUCGGGACAUAAUGCACAUUUUGAUCACUUUAGCUCGUUGAGGAGCACAAGUGCAGUUUUCAGCACACCCCCCACUCGCUUUGAAAUGUUCCAAAGCUUGUUGAAAUCCAAUUUCUCAAAAAUUGCUGGCAUACAAAUGUCCAAAAUGUCUCACUAAGAUGACGAAUUAAGAUUCAAGGGGGCAACUAAGGGGUCCGCGCCCAAAACCCUGGCUGAUUACUUCGUUGACGGCGAGGCGUGUCCUGGUGGCGUAUGCGCGGCAAAGUCGGUAAAGUCGAGGAGUAUUUCAAAUAGAAGUUGUCUCUUAUAUAUUAUGCAGUUUCUUUUUCAUAUUUCUUCAGUGAACUCGCUGCUUGAGUGUGUGUCAGACUAGGUGUCAAGAUAUUGGAGGUGGCAAGGAUAGGAGAGUGGUAGAAGCACAUGAAAAGAUGUAAGGAUGAAAAAUGAAUGGUUGUCAAGGAAAAGACGGUGAGCCAAAAGUGGAAAAAAGGAGUUUAUAAAGAGCAUAUAGUAAAGCGCCUCUGCAAACACCAGAAGCCCAUGCUCAAAUAUAGGUAAUUAAGUGCACUGUAAAGUACCCGCACAGUUUCUUUGUGUGUGACUAGGCUCUAGGCAUAUAUCUGUGUGUGUGUGUGUGUGUGUGUUUGACAGACACUGGAGGAGGGUUAGAGGAGCGCUGACAUACAAAGGAGGGGGAGAGAGUGAGCGGCGUGAUUCCAGGGCACGCCUAAUGUGAGCGGAGGGGUCGAUGAAGGGGGCUCGGCUCACAGAUGGGCUCAGCAGGAGGGCCGAGAGAGCCGACUCCUCAAAGGUACUUGAUGGAGAAACAGGAGGCAGGUUUCCAGUUCACAAUGAUCCCUUGUCCAUUUUCCGAUGCUGGCCACCUGUUCACCGAGCCCAUCCUUACGCCCUCUGACGGCCAAGCCUUGCCGCGCUCGCUGCUGGUGUGAAGGAUGGAUGGAUGCAGAUUAUUAUUAGAAGCACCCCUCCCAACACCACCACCACUGCCAGGUCAUAAUGAGAAGACGUUAAAGGCAUAUUGAAACAUGGCCCUCGAUGUGAUGUCCUUCAUAGACUGGAGAACUGCCUUGACAGAUUUUCAAUCACACGUCAAAUUUGCCAGUGUGUGUGGGUUUUUUUUUUCUUUUUUUAAAUCGCCCUGACAACCCGCGGUUGAGGCCAUCUGGAAUCGCCAUUUUGAGGCUUGAUGACAAGAGGGUUCACUCUGCAUCGGUCUGUGCGCAUUGGUUCUAUAGUGGAAUGAACGGAGGGAGUGAGCCCUCAUCUCUUUGUGGAUGCGGGGCUACUAAGAAACUACAAGACACGAAACCGUUCCUUUAUGGUUGCUCAUGACAAGCAGCCGGAAUGGAGUCGUCAUGAGCCGAGAUCUUGACGUGGCGCCAACCGUGGCUUCCCCAAAUCCUUUGAGACAUUCAUUGGAUGAGGGUCCAGGUAAAGGGUCCUAUCCCGGAAGUGGAGCGACGCUGGCGCGGUUGUUGAAAACAUACCCGGGAUGGACGCCGUUAAUGUGAUACAGACAGACGACGGAUCAAUCAACAAACCUGACCUCGAUCAUUUCUGUGCCUGUAUAACGCUUGGAUCGAACAACUAGAGACGCAGCAUUCAUGAGAUAUGGAAUUAUCUGGCAUUAUCAAGAAAAUAGGCCACUCCAUAGUGGAGAUAAGAGUUCGUGCAUUGAAGAGCAUCAUUUGCAAGUUGAAGCACUCCCUGAUUUCCAUCUCUGACAUUGUCCAAGAAAGGAUGCUGUUUAUACAUCUCCUAGAAUGGUUCAAUUUCCCAGAGGUGCCCAUGCAGGAAGAAGUCCUGGAGCUGCUUUUGACUUUAUCCAAGCAUCCAAGUGCAGCACAAAUGCUGAGAGAUGUCCGAGCGGAGGAUUUCCUCACCCAACUGUCUCCGAAUGUGGAGCCGAGACUACGAGCUGUCAUCGACGCAACUCUGGAGCAGCUGUUCCAGCUACCCGAGCUCAUCCCCAGCCAUGCCGCACACUUUGGGCCGCACGUUACACUGCCAACAGAUUUACCAUCUGAUGGUCAUCUUCCUCAUCGAGGGUAUUUCCAGCAGAACGUGCACAGCCAUGGGGAUGUACCUCCUCAGAAAAUAGCAGUGCACGAGGCUGUGCAGUGCUUGAAGUUUUCUGUGUUUCCGUGGCUGACCUUGACAAACACUGACAGACACAUCCUGUCCUCCAAUGAGAGUUCUCUAAGGAGCAGCAACCCCAACCUGGUGCGGAGCACGUGCGAGAUACUGUGUGAUGUCAUUAUGCAGGACUUCCCUGCUGAGAUCUUCCUGCAGAGGCCCAAUAUUGCAAAGACGCUUCUGUCCCUGCUGAGGCUGGGGUCGGGCGAAGGUGAGGCAAGUUACCUCCACAUGCAGGCGCUCUCCUGCCUGAGGCAGCUUUGCGCGGGGCUGAGGCAGAGGCUGCGCUUUCAUCGAGAUCCCAGCUUCCACUCGGCAAAGCAAGGCGGUGCUGCUUAUCCAGUGUCGCAGAACUCGUCCUACUCCCAGGAAGUGCAGAGAACACAGCGCUCUCAGGCUUCUUCUCCAGCCGCAGCGUGCUCUCCUCGGCCAUCUGUAGUCGGCGGCACAGGCCAGAGAGUCAGGGGGGAUGGCCAAGAUGGAGAUGCAGUUUCCAACAGUGGCAGCUCGCACAGAAGCACAGCAGCAGUCCAAGCAGCCAGGCAAACGCCUCAGUCUCCCGCAGACGCGGCCCACUUGGCGCUCCCCGACCUGGAUGCGGAAGACGCCCCGGAGAUGCGGGUGCAGCAGCUCACGUUGGCUCAGUUCACCGUCGCCACCAUGGAGCAUGCCAUACCGCUGCUUAAGACAGAGGGUUCGCAUGUGUUCUGUCGCGUUCUGGAGCUGCUGUUCGACACCGUCCUCCUGCUCGGGGACAGCGUUUGUGAACUGGUGUGGGACGAUUGCAGCCUGGUGGGGAUGGAGCUGAAGGAGAAGCUGCAAGCAUGCAUGAGCCUGCUAGCGGAUGUUCUGAGCUACCACCAGGAUGAGGUCAACGAUUCUCAAGCUCACCACAGAGUUGCAUACACAAGCUCGGCUGUAUUCACCAUUAAACUCCUACAGACCAUACUCCCUCUUGAAAAGGCUGGUAGCAAUCUCCCUGAGAAUGCAGCAACAGCUAUUUUUCACCUUUGCCUGGACAAGGCGCUCGCACUGGCGGUGCCCAGCAUGCAGGAGUCUGCAGUGGCCUACUUGGAGCAGGUCAACUCCGACAAUCACGAGAUCUACAAGAGGGUUACCCGUGCCGCUCUCUGGGUGGAAUCCACAUGCGUCUUCCUCAAGGAGGCCCAGGCUGAGGGAGAGAAGAAUUGGCUGGAGCUGCUGGAGCUGGCGGAGCAGGCAAUAGAUGGCCUUCCAUUUCAUCAACACCUACCCGUUGUCAAGGAAUGUGUUCGUGUCUGCUCCUACUUGUGGAAGUUUGACCAGCCCAGUCCUGUCCUGCGGACAGAGAGUCAGAAGCUCCUCCUCAAGCUGCUGUCGCAUCCUUUGCUGCACGUCAAGAUGGAAACCUACACAUGCGUGUUGAAUGUGGUCAAGGAGUGCCUCGGCAUUCAGAAUGUGUCGCGACAAGAAUCAGGAGCCUGCGGCGGAGUUAACUUCCUCCUACACCACUGGGUGCUCUAUGAAAUAAGCGCCUUUGGCCUCCAGGAUUCUGCAGAGAAGGUCAAUGCCGCCGCCAAGGAUAUCCUGCUAUUCCUGCUCAAGGGACAAUUGAUGAUGACAGCGUCAACCUGGGACAGAUUCAGCGCGGCACUUUGCCGGGUCAUCGCCGUAUUACAGGUUUAUGCGAGCACAGAGGAGUCACUGGGAAGCUGUGUCCUGCUGCUAAGUGACAUGUUGGAGGUUGCGAGAGACGACACCUUUCCAAGCACGGCCAAGUUAAAAGCCGCGCUCAGACUUCUUUUCGCCAGACAGCCCGCGGUGAGAAUAGCAGCAGUGCAACACAUCCUGCCACACUUAAGCGGAGAUGACAACGUCAGCGGGGCCAGACCACAGCUGGGGCCGUCGGUGACCUCCUCGCUUCCCAGUCUCUACUGCAUCAGACACCCUGUGGAGGUGGCGCUCGACACCAGCAGCAAGUCUCUACUGAAGGUGGAAUCGGUGGAGAAGCUGUUCUGUAUGCUGUCCUCAGACACCGUUGACGUGGCACUGAGAAGAUCUUCUGCUGAGCAGCUGUCUGUGGUUCUGCAAGACACAACAUUGCAUCCGGUGUUGAAGAAUCUUGGAAUAACAGACAAAGCCAUUUCUUUCCUUAUCUGCAGCGUUAAUGGCAACAAGAGCUCGGAUUGCAUGCUGGAGCCGUGUGUGUGUAUCCUGCGGAAACUGGUGUAUGCCGAUCCAUCUCUGAGGAGCAGCCUAGCGCAGCGCAGCAUCUUGCUCGUCACUCUGCUUCGAGCAUCCUUAAUCCUGAAGGCGAACAAUAACAGCGUGAAUGAGGCUGCCGUCCUGAUGAGUUUGUUGCUCUUUGAUGAAAUAAGCAGCAUGGAAAUAUGGUCGGACAAAACCCAGAGCGAUGGCAGCCUUCCAACCUUCUCACUCCCGCUAUUAGUAGUGCGCAGGUUCAACAUCCCAUUCCAGGCAGCGAGCCACCACGCAGUCAGCCCGUACUGCUGCGUCCUGGCACCCUCCUCUGAUCUACUGACUCUCGCCCCCGCUCGCCAAGCUCUGCAGGUGGCUUGGAACGUUGCGUGGCACUGCGGGAUUGACAACCUGCUUGAGGAGCGCAAUUCGAACCCUGAAUUCCACCGUGACCUGAAGCUGCCAGAAGCCCAGAUUGCAUCACUGCGAGCGACCCACCUUCCCAGCGCCCUGCAAGAUUGCGUUCGGGGUGUGGUGAUGGCGGCGGGACACAGUUCGGUGAUCUCCGCCCUCGCCAAGCUCAACCUCUUCUUGAUGGUUGACACACUGGCCCUCCCCCACACGCCUACCUACGGGUGCAGAGAAACUCUGGACUCGCUGGGCUGGCAGGCUGCUGUGAGCAGGUUUCUCCAGGUGCAUCCAGCCUCUGUGGAGGAUGAGAGGCUGCUGGCGUACGUUGUUGCAUUUCUGAACGCCUACUUCAAACACAUGCGUGCGCACAACGCGUCUGACCCGGAGGACAAGGACCUGCGCUGGAUGCUGGAGCUGCUUCUCAACGAGGAAACCAUGUUCCUCCUUGAUUUGCUUCCUGGUGUGGAGAGUGCAAACACAGGGCAGCACCCAGAGGAGCCUGAGGAAGUAAAGAACCAUGUUCGCCAGAAACUGCAGAGGGAGCUCUCAUGCCUCUUUAAAAACAUGCUCCAUCACCUGACACACACCUCUGACAGGCUAUGUUUGGCAUUAGCGGGGCCCUUCAAGAGCCAGCUGGCACUGCGCUUGCUGCAGAGCCUGCGGGUGUCUGAUGCCCCGCGUUUCUACGGCCUUCCCAGCUUGGAGAGGACUCUGCAGGGCAUGGUCAGUCUGACAGCCCAGCCUGGCUGGAGCUCGCACUGCCCUGACCUGUCGCCCGCCUCCCUCUGUGCCAAGUACCUCAGCGGCCUGUUGGAGGUGAUCUCCUCAUUUUAUGUGCAGUGGGGAGGCAACUCAAUGUCCUUCAUGGGGAAAGGCGUGACCAAGAAUGCCCUCAUAUGCUUGCUUCACUUGUCGCAUGAGAUGAUGGCUGAGAGCAAGGAGAAGGACAUCAUUUCCAUGUGGUCUUUGGGGAACGAGGGCAACUCAGAGGAAACAAACGCCUCUCAGCUGGGCUUGGCCUGGCUUAUCCCGAUGUGGGUGGACAGGGAUCAAGAGGUGAGGUUUGCCAGUUUGGGUUUAGGCGCCGCUCUGUCCUCGGUGGCGAGCGGGUGCCAGGCUCUGUGCACCAGCUGCCAGAACAUCAGCGGAGGCCUGUGGGGCACCUUGCUCAACAUCCUGCUCGAUCAGCACGAGAGCAGCAUGGUCCGAAGAGAGGCUGCGUUUAUCCUGCAGAACCUGCUGGUGAUGCCCAUGCCUGCCAAUGCAGAGGAGGCCAAGGACUCCCACUGGCAGCACCCUUGCGUCCAUGACGAGGUGUCUGGCAUGUCGUUGGUGGGCCUUCCUGCUCUGCAGGCUCUGCUUUACCACUGUCAGUAUUUCCAGCACAUGGCCGUGUCUGCCUCCACUUGUUACAGCGGCAGAUACGCCUUUCACCUCCAGAGACCUGGCGCCGGUGACGCUUGUCAACUUGGGCCUCGUGAGAAUACUUCUGUUGUUUCAGAUAAUUCUCUGCAGUUUUGGAGAAGCGCCGCCGCCACAGCAGCUGCUGCCGCACCAACUGCCAACUCCAGCCGACCGUCCAGCUCCUUGUCCACGUCAAGCACUGUGAUAAGAGGUUCGGCGUCUCAGACGUCCAGGGCUGCUUCCCCUAUGAGCUUCACAGAAGAUGCUCCUGCUAACAGGCUAACAGCACAAGGCCAGAGCGACACGGACACCAUUGGCUCCGUUGCCACGCACGACUCCCAACAAGGCCAGCCCUCGUCCACGCAGCCCGUUGUCAUGGUUACCCCUGACCUCCUGGUGGCCCACUGCGGACUGCUGAUGAACCUGCUCUCCAUCCUGCCAGAUUUCACCCUGACUGCCAUCCGACAGAAUCAGCUUCUGCCAGCACUGGCGAGCUUAGUGGCAGUUGGGCCCGUUGAGAAAUGUCUCCGUGAACUGAAGGCACCCAACAUCCUUCCUGGAGAGAGAGAAGACAUCAAAAGUCAGCUCGCCACACUUCUUCAUUUCCAGUCCAGCUUCUUUAAGUUGCUGCAGUCGUGUGUCUCGCUCAGCCCAGACCUGAUUGGCCAGUUGGACUUCCUGAAACAAUUCUUGUCCACCCUGGUGGCCUUGCUCACACUGGACAACACACGAUUAGAUGCAUGUACACACGAUGCUAUCUUUGCGUGCUGGGUGGACGUGUUUACGCUCCUGGCUACUUUGGUGAGUAGGGACAGCUCUGCAGUGUACCCAUCUGUCUCUGCUGCGCUAGGGAGACGCUGGCGGACGUUCACAGAAACACUUUCAUUGUGUGUGCAUGAAAAGUCAGUGGAUCCUCUUCUGCACAAAGUAGCUUUGCACUUCCUUGCCAUGAUUUUCGCCGAGGAGACAAAAAGGCGGGAGGGAGAGGUCACAACCUUCAACUCGGACGUGCUGAGUGGUCCAUCAGGAAGCCAGCUUUGUGAACUGUUGAUGCAGAGUUUUGAAAGGAGAAGUCUUCAGGACCCGCUAAAAAAGUUGACAGCCAGAGCUCUGAUGACUCUCCUCGCCAGCAGCUCUUCUGCACAGAACCACGCUGCUGAAGCUGGUCUAAUUGACAGCUGCGUGGAGCAAAUGAAGCAGGUUCACACUCAGCUGCAGCUGGAGUCUGUGCGACCUGGCAAGCCUUCCCACUGCAAAAAGGAAGAGAGCCACUUAAAGGAACUUAAGCUGACCGUGGAGAUCCUGCGAAGUGCUUUCUACCGCAACCGCGAAUGCAAAUUGGUGGCCAGAGAUGCGCGCUUCACGCUGGUGAUUCACACCCUUUGGCCCUGGCUCCUAUUGGACGACCCUGUGAUGGAGGCGGUGCUGGAGCUCCUCUGCGUCUACACGGCCGACUGCCCCGCAGCAUGCAGUUCUGUUUGCGGUGGCGGGCCGGGUGUCGCCCCAGGACCAAAAGGUACCUCGAGCGGCUCGCUGGUGCACUCCGUCAUGAGGUUGGCCUCGGUGGUCGCCACUGACAGCGGCCCCAUCCAGAAGCUUUCCUUCUCCCUGUUGGCUAACUUGGUCAUGUCCCGGGACUGCAGGGGCGUCUUGCAGAAGAACAACUUCCUCCAAGCCUUCACGUCAGUGCCGGUGCCCAAGGUGGGCGGUGCCAAGGUAGCGGUCGUAAGUGGCGGCCCGGGCAGCCUCAUGGGUCUGUGGCUCCGCCUUCUGGUCAGUCUGUCGUUUUCAGAGGACGGCCAGCAGAGUAUCCUCAGGACCAUCGGAGCUCUGGAGGUGCUGGCUGUUCUGGCGCCGCAUCGACGCCACGCCCUCCUCGUCCUGCACAACCUCUGCUUCUGCCCCACCAACAAGUCUCACAUCAUCGCCAACGACAAAGCCCUGACAGUCUUGUUCUGCUGUCUGGAAAAUAAGGAGAUGGAGAUGCGCUGCAUGGGAGCAUCUGCACUUUGGGCGUUGCUCCAUAACAAUCAGCGGGCCAAGACAUCCUUGAAGUGUCCUUCUGUUCGACUGCGCAUCGAAGAAGCGCACCGUAUGUCUAAGAAUGAUGCUGAGAACAAGCAGGAUCCCAUCUGCUCCUACUUGUUGAAGUGCCUUGAAAGCCUCUCCCAGCUGCUAAACACAUGAUUGUCAUUUUAUAGAUUUAUAUGCGCCUUGUAGCAAUUAUUUGCAAAGUAUUUUCUUAUUAAAUUCAAAUUAUUUGUUUUGCCACUGCAAAAAUGAAAUGUCAGAAGGAGGGUUUAUUACAAGGUCAUUUUGGUCAAUUUGAAGGCAUCACUUCAUGCCUGUUACGUUAAUGUUAAUGUUAAUGCAGAUGAAUCCCAUUUUAGCAUGUGCUUGUUUUUUUAAGUCACAGGGCCACAAAAAAGGUGAGGAACCUAACUUGCAUUGAAAUAGCCUUAAACCCAUUUUUAGCAGUGGUUUUUGGCUAUUUUCAAUGUUUUCACAGCACAUUCGGUGUUUAUUUAGCUUGAGAGGAUGACACGAAGAUGCAGAUUUGGGUUUACAGCUGUGGGUUUCCUGAACAGAUGUGGGUAGGGCACAGAAAAGGUUGACUCGGGCUUUGGGUGUGACCUCAACUUGCCCUUUAAACCUCCUUUUAGACAAGGUUUGGAGAGUGUGACUUUGUGAUGCCGUGUUUUGGGACGGGGUCUUGCAAAUCUUGACUCUAUUUGCAGAAAUGACCUUAAGACUCAUUUUUAGUGAGGUGAUGCAGGUGGAUUUUCGAAGGCUUGUUAGGACCAUACUGAAAAUAAAAUAAAAAUACAAUCAAAUAAAAUCAAAACAUAAAAGUUAAUAUGUGAGUAAAUUAUAAUUACAAAAAUAUAAUUAAUAAUACAAAAUAUCAUUAAGUAAAGUUGUAUAAAUACAAUUUUAAAAAGUAGUAUUUUUCCCCCCAAAAAUAAAAAUCUCCAAAAAUGACAAUUUUCUUUAUAUUUUUCUUUCUUUUCAGUGUGAUCCUUAUACUUCCUUGUAAAAUGUGGACAAAACCCAUUCCCUUACUCUAGCCGGCCUGCAAAAAACGCAUACAGUCCUUCCUAGCUGGUACAGUACAGUAAGUGUGUGUGGUUGUCAUGGCAAUAGCAGAGCUACAACAAGCACAAUAUCAGUGAUUUUGAAGCCCUUAGGUAAUGUUAGUUAGUACAUGCAACAAUCACAAAAGGUAGGAUGAAUUUUAUGACGCCAAACUUCGAGUACAGUGUUCCCUCGUUUAUCGCGGGGGAUAGGUUCCCAGAAUAUCCCGCAAUAAGUGCAAUCCACGAAGUAGCCAAGUUUAUUUGUUUACAGUUAUUACAGUUAUUACAGUAUAUAUGUUUUAAGGCUUUAGAACCUCUCACUAUACACUUUUCUCAGUCAGGCAUUAACAUUUUCUCACAUU